UUUGGCCUGCUGCCUUACAUGGGCAAACCUCUGAUGUGACUCAGACGAGCUGGAAUUUCAGCGUGACGUCACUGCCUACAACUCUCCCAGAAUUUGGAUCAAGUAGUUUUCACUUUUUUGGUGGGAUUUCAGCCCCGGUGUUAGAUUUCCUAGAAAGCGAGUGUCGGCGGAUUUCAGCGUGCGACAGCCAAGGGCCGCAUCGUCUCCCAGAAACAUUAGAGUGACAUCAAAGUGGAGGAAAGGUGUCUGAUCCCGUAACCCCCCCACCAUCACUUCGUGUCAAAUUUGGCUGCUGCAGUUCGUCUCGUCUGCGGUGGUCCGCUCUUCACUGCGACUGCAUCGCGGACACACGCGUUAAACAAAGCAGUCAGAGAGCCAUGUGGAACCCAGCAAAUGAUCAGCCAGGACAGGUGACUGCCAGGAUGGAGACCACGCCGUCUCUGGGUAGUGCGAGCAUCUCCGUGUCACAGCAGCAGUCACCGAAGAAGUUUGCCCCUGUGGUCGCCCCCAAGCCCAAGUUUAACCCUUACAAACCGAUGGGAGAGACCACACCCUCCGACCCUGCAGCGGACUACCCUCCCCCUCCGCCACCUGUCGAAGAGUCAACUGGCUUCCCGUCCUCCCCUGGUUCCUUCCCUCCUCCGCUGCUGGUGAACUCGUACGAUUACCAGGUGAAAGGACCGGAAAAGACGCUGGAAGAACGGCGUUCCAGCCUGGACGCAGAGAUCGACUCCCUCACCAGCAUACUGGCCGACCUGGAGAGCAGCUCGCCCUACAAGCCACGGACCGCACAAAAUUCAGCAUCCUCAGCAGCCCCAGCAGGCUCCACCCCGAAUGCUCCUGUGACUGGUUACAAGCGAAUGGUCAUCCCAACUCAACCCCCUCUGACUGCCACCAAGAAGUCUACACCUAAACCUCAGUCUCCUGCAGGAGUGCCAUCUACAUCACCUUCUUCUGUAAGUCCCGUGGCCAAGACUCAAAGCCACAUGGCUCCGCAGCCGGUUCCGGCCUCCUACGCUACAGCAUCAACUCCAAGUCAGCCCACCUUCAACGUCCAGGUGAGGUCGGCCCAGCCCGGACCCCAGCAUCCAGCCCCAGGUGGGCACAAUUUUGGCCAGCAGCCCAUUCGCAGCCCUGCACAGGUGCAGUACAUGCCUGCUCAGCCCAAAUGUCCUGACUUUGCUUAUGGACCACCACAGCCCGGUUUCUCCCCAAUGGCACAGGGGCCAUAUCAAGACCAACAGCAUCCAGGUGUACCCCAAAUAAGUGGAAUAAACUCUAGAAGACCUCAGGCAGUCCCAGCCCAAGGAUACCAGCCUCCAGGCCCCAAGAAGACCUACAUUACAGAUGUGCCGCCAAGCUUGGCCCCAUACACUUCUGGACCAACUGUUCCACCAAAGGUCACUGCUCCAGUGGCCCACCCUGAAGAUGAGCUGGAGCGCCUGACCAAGAAGAUGCUGUAUGACAUGGACAACCCUCCAUCCGAGGAGUAUUUUGGGCGCUGCGCCAGCUGUGGAGAGAACGUAGUGGGCGAAGGCACCGGCUGUACUGCCAUGGACCAGGUCUUCCAUGUCGACUGCUUCGUCUGCAUGACUUGCAGCACCAAGCUGCGUGGAAAGCCCUUCUAUGCUGUGGAGAAGAAGGCGUACUGUGAGCCGUGCUAUAUUAACACCCUUGAGACCUGCACCAUCUGCAGUAAGCCCAUCAUGGAGCGCAUCCUGCGAGCCACUGGGAAAGCCUACCACCCUCACUGCUUCACCUGUGUGGUGUGUCACCGCAGCCUGGACGGCAUCCCGUUCACCGUGGACGCUUCCAACCACAUCCACUGCAUCGAGGACUUUCACAAGAAGUUUGCUCCUCGCUGCUGCGUGUGCUCUGAGCCUAUAAUGCCGGCUCCGGGCCAGGAGGAGACCGUUCGUAUUGUGGCCUUGGACCGUGACUUCCACGUGCAGUGCUACCGCUGUGAGGACUGUGGCUCCCUACUCUCAGAGGGGGAUAACCAGGGCUGCUACCCACUGGAUGGACACGUCCUCUGCAAAAACUGUAACACCAGCCGCAUCCAGGCCCUCACCGCCAAGGCCACCACUGACCUCUGAACAGCUCCACUGUGAUAACCUGCCAAUCGCUCGCUCUCUUUUCUUUCCUCGAAAGCCUGCAUUCUUCAUUUACAUAUAUACGCCUCUAUAUAAAUGUUCACCCUCAGUAACAAAGCAUAGCAUCACGCUUGCUCACAUAUAACUAUUUACUCGGUACAAUCACUGCAUAACGACAGGAAGACGGGAGGCAGCUGCUCUUCCUCUGUCACUGAACGAGGGUUUAGUUACUAUGUUUCAUUAUUGUGAAAAAUCCUACGCUAGCUGGUUCAUCAUUUAACUCUAAGCCAUAGAGCAUUUAAGUAUUUCCCACAAUCCUGCACUGCUGCUUUAAAUCCAGAUCCAUCUCCAAUAUGCAUCAUCACCCAGUGUUAUUAUUUCCUGUCAUAUUUAUCGUCACUGCACAUCUUUUAGCCAGGGUGCACGUGCAUGCUUGGACCCAAAGUUUCCUCUCUGACGGGGUUCUUCUGAUGGAGGACAUGUUUAAUCUGUUUGCUGUGCAGGUGGAGCUGUGGAUGGAUGUCAGUGUGUGCGUGACUGUAGCUGCAGCAGCAUUUAGGAAAAACCUUUUUGGUGCAAAUCCGAGUCGAGUACACAAGAUGGGAUAAAAUUACCCAACAAACAGUUCUGCAUAACUGACCCCAAAAAACCAAAGUGUAUUUCCACGUUCUUUGGAGCAAACUGCUCUGCACCACAGCAACUACACACCACAACAACUACACCCCACUGUCAGGAACCAGAGCCUCCUGUUUCAGCUGGAUGUUCUCUCAUGUACACAGAUGAUUAUUUACUUUUGGCAUGAGCAGCACAAUCAUAUAAAUACAACCUUGUGUUGAGUUUUUGUUUUUUUCAGCAUAUAAAUCUGAUAAAUCUGUAAGCUCGCCCCUUUUAACUGGUCAGAGACCAAAGCAGUGAUUGUACUAUAAGCAGUUACUCAGAAAUAAAGGAUAUCCACGGCUAUGCAAUUUUUAAUGUUAAUUGCAUCGACACUUUAUGAUAAAUUUUAUGAUUUAAGGAAAUAUUUUACGUGUACAGAUGCAAGCAUAAGUGUCCUUACUGUAACCCUUUAAUCAAACCUACUGUGUGCUUUAUGUCAGUAUCGAUCGUUUGAUUAACUCUCAUCGUUCAGAUUUACUGUUUGUUUCAAAGUUGAUGGGCAAAGAAGGGACCAUGAGAGUUUCCCAGAAAUGAAAGAUUAUAUUAUUUGUUCAAUCCAAGAGUGACGGACGAGCAGAUUUAGAGCCUGAUCUGACGCUUCAUUCAGUGCUACAGCAGCACCGACUCAGAGGGUUAAAGGUACUUUGUGGAGUUUGACUUUACUGCUCAUCACAAAGAAACGGACCACAGAGAGGUGCCCAUUCCUGCAAAAUGAUACCAGACAAAUAUAAAGACUAAAGAAAAUAAAAAACAACUACAAAAAACCCUACAGACUCAAAAUGACUGCAAAAAUUUAAAAAAAUACUAAACAUGGGGACAGAAGUGACUAUAGUGAGAUACAGAAUGGUGACAAACUGACCUAAAAGGUAAAAAAAGACACAAAAUGAGAAGAGAUGCAAAAAACCGACCAAAAACCUACAGAGACAAAAACACAGAGUGAUGCAGAACAAAUCCAGCGAGGCACAAAACAGAUACGAGGAGAUGCACGAGACCACAAACAUGUUAGAUGACAACAAACUCAGAGCAUCUGCAAAAGACGAAAUAACGAGACGGAGACGGUUUGUAGUGUGUGGGGGCGUCCGGGAGGACCCACCAAACCCACGGUGGACGUGACAGCUGGGGUCACGUUUGUCACCCACAGAGUCGGUGCAGCUCUGCACUCGCAGCACAGGGAUUUAUGGGAACAUCCAGCUCUGCUAACUCAUGAUCAGAAAUAAUAGCAAAAACACUGAAAC